AUGGAAGGUUGGAGUGAGAUGCUUCCAUUGGUGGAGUUCACAUACAACAGCAACUACCACUCCAGUAUAGGCAUGGCAUCAUAUGGGGCCUUGUAUGGGCGACGAUGUAGGACAACGCUAUGUUGGAACCAGGAUAGUGAAUCCCUGGUAUUGGGUCCAGAAUUUCUACAGCAGACUUCUGAGAAGGUCAAGGCAAUUCAGGAGCAAAUGAGAGCUACUCAGAGCAAACAGAAGUUAUACGCAAAUAAGAGGAGGCGACCUCUAGAAUUUGAGGCAGGAGAUCAUGUGUUUCUCAGAGUAACACCGACAGCGGGUAUUGGAAGGGCUAUCAAAUCAAGGAAGUUAACUCUGAGGAAAUACAUAGCAGAUCCAUCGCAUGUACUGGAGUCAGACGACAUUCAGAUUAGGGAAGACUUGACGGUUAACACCAGACCAAUGCAGAUUCUUGAUUCUCAAGUGAAGAAGUUGCGAGGGAAGGAGAUCAGGACAAUGAAAGUGCUAUGA